AUGUCGUACACAAAUAAACGCCAUACAUACUACGGGGGGAUAACAAACGAUUCAUCAGGCACAUUUCAAUAUUCCCAAAGAACGAAUGAACAAAGAAGGAAACAUGUGACGUUUGGCCCCUAUAUUCUAGGUUCCACCUUGGGAGAAGGGGAAUUUGGAAAGGUGAAGCUUGGUUGGCCGAAGAACUUUUCAAACAGUUCUGCUACAACUUUUGAAUUCCCAAAACAGGUAGCUGUUAAGCUUAUCAAACGUGAUACCAUAUCAAAUAACUACAAGAAGGAAGUAAAAAUAUACAGAGAGAUAAACGCCUUAAAACAUUUAUCACAUCCAAAUAUUGUAAAAUUAGAGGAAGUACUGCAAAAUUCUAGAUACAUUGGUAUUGUAUUAGAGUAUGCGUGUGGAGGAGAGUUUUAUAAAUAUAUUCAGAAAAAAAGAAGGCUGAAAGAAACCAAUGCAUGCAGACUGUUUUCCCAAUUAGUUAGUGGAGUGUAUUAUAUUCAUUCGAAGGGCCUUGUACAUAGAGAUCUCAAGUUGGAAAAUCUGCUACUGGACAAAAAUGAAAACCUAGUCAUAACAGAUUUUGGGUUUGUAAAUGAGUUUUGCUCGCGUAACGAACUGAUGAAAACAUCAUGCGGCUCUCCCUGUUAUGCAGCACCAGAACUAGUAAUAAGCGCCGAACCAUAUGAAGCGAGAAAAGCCGAUAUAUGGUCAUGUGGUGUUAUACUUUACGCUAUGCUAGCUGGGUAUUUACCGUGGGAUGAUGAUUCCAACAACCCUGAGGGAAGUGACAUAGGAAGACUUUAUAAUUAUAUUAACUCCACCCCAUUGAAGUUUCCUGACUAUAUACUUCCUAUACCUCGAGACUUAUUAAGACGCAUCUUGGUCCCGGACCCAAAGAAAAGAAUGAACUUGAAGCAAAUCAAGAAACACGAAUGGCUGAACUCUCAUUUCUCAUUCUUGUCCAUAACGCCAGACGAAUGGGAUAAGUUGCACAACACGCAGUCUGUAUUCAGAUUGGGGAAACCAAGAACAAGAUAUGGAUCUAGACCACAAUCUAGCUGUUCAACUUCAUCUAUUGGUUCGAGGAAUGAUAAGAGAGAUUCACUAAUUAUCGAUUCCACUUUACUUUCUUUCCCAGCUCCACCUCAAGAGUCACAAGACCAUAUAAUAACUAGACCGGCUUCCAUUGCAUCAGAUCAACGGCUUUCACCUAUAAGGAGAUCUAAUAGGCACAACAGAAGCAAUUCAGCUGCAUCCGUUGCCCUACAGGCAGUAGUGAAUGCGGAUAGGGAAUAUGCGUUAAGCCAUGAACAAUCAUUAUCCUCGGCCCAAAACAUUAGACAAAUUACAGUAGGCAACAUAACUGCUGGUCUUUCACCUCCACAAGUUGUAGCUCCAAGCGAUUUCAUAAUUGAAACCACGCCGAUCAAGAGGAAUACAUUUUCUGGGAGUCAUAUCAUAUCAAAUCAAGAGAAAGAGUCGCUCAGUAAAAUUCAAACGAGCAAGAUCAAACCAAAUAGCAUGAAAGGCUCACAAAACCAUCAAUAUAACAAACCUAAAACACAAAAUAGUCUCAAAUCGACCAAAAAUCUCCACCAGAGUUCUUCCCCAUUCCAUACCAAGCCUCGGCCGACCUCCUAUCACCCUGGGUCAUACACAACGCCUUUCCUCAGUUCGAAUGUGCUCUCUAUAUACGAAAUUAAUGACAAGACUAAGAGCAACGCGUCAUCACAAACACUCAAUCAAAGGGAAACUUCUCCCUUUGACUCCACGCCAUAUCUAGCACCGGAUACAUGCAUAACUUCAUGCUCUUCGAUCGAAAGUUCUCCGAAAUUGAUUACACAGGGUUCGUUUUCUGUAGCAAAACCGUCAGUUGAUCUGCAAAGCGCAUCUGGUGACUUGAUCAAAUAUAAAGGAGAUGCAGAAGUAGCAACAAAAAUUUAUGAUGAAAAAUAUAAACAGAGGCGCAAAAGUUUGAGGUAUAGCGGCAUAUUCAGCGAUAUAUCAUGCGAUACCGUAACAGAGGAGACCGACGAUUUGAAGGUACCUGAGUCUCUUGUUCAACAGCGUGAGGACCGAAAAUUUAUAGAAAAGACAAAGGUCGAGAGUCCGAGCGGCAAGAACAGUAAUGGUAGCCAAAAUGCUCAUGCUCCAGUAAAAAAAAACGCUAUUAUUUCCACAGAAAGGUCACUUAAUGAAACAGAUCCGGUUAAGAAACGAUUCAGCUUUUUUUCCUUAUACUCUUACGAUACUCCCAAGUCCAGUUUAUACUCAUCAAUGGAUUCUAAGAGAAAACCUUCUCCGCCUUCGCAAAGGCGUCCAAAAAAGGACGAAAAUCAUGCAAUUUCAGGGACUUCUUCGACUACAGCCUCGAAUAUAUUAACGUCCCAUGAAUUGCCAAAGGAUCAGUCCAUAUCAAAUACUGACCAAGAUAAGCAAAUUCUAGAGUCUAAGAAAAUAAUCCAAAGUGAGAGAACCUCUGUUAUGGUGUCCGAGGUCAGAAAGGCAAACGCGGAGAAUAAACCACUUCAAUGUCCAGAACAGUCAACUGCGAAAAGAGUAUUAGGAUUCUUCAAAAGAAGAAGUAUGAGAGUCUAA